AUGCCUGCAGACGAACAGCCUAUUGAGCCUCGUAAGAAGCGCGCAAAGAUCGUCAGUGCAUGUGGUGAAUGUCGACGCAAGAAAACAAAGUGUAAUGGCGAACAACCAUGUCGGAAUUGUCUAAAGUCGGGAGUUCCGUGUGUUUACCCGUCUUCCUCCCACAGCGACGACAGACGGAACGCACCCAGCAAAGCUGCGCUUGAAGCGAUUGAAGACCGACUAAAGACAAUUGAAGAUAUGUUAAAGACUAUCCUCCAAUCUCACCUUCCUGUCAACGAUCUUGAUCCUGUGGCACAACCGAUAUCCCAACCGCCACACUCAACACCCGCACGGCCGAGUACACCUCAUGAUCUCCGUCUCCCUUCAAUCCACAACCUCUCGGCAUCUUCGGCAUACUCCCAUCACCUGUCUGAUACUCACGAAAGCCGUGACCUGCCUCCACUAGGAUUGCAUGACUACCACCUCUAUCCCACUUCUUACAAGAGUCAAUCCUCAAAUUCCUGCAAAUCACAUUCAGAAACUGAAGAAUAUUCACUCCAACCAAUGAAGAAACGUAAACGAUAA